AUGGCAAAGCGGGGUGCUGACAAACCGCUAGAUUAUGACAACUGGGAUGCUCCUGAUGAGCCAACAGCUCAAUCGGACUUCGAACAAGCUGACGAAGAAACUUUAAAAAAGCGAAAAAUGAUAUUUGUUAGCAAAAAGUUACAGUCAUCGACACAAUCCAAACGUGGAAUUUUUAAAAGCCUAGAUGUUUUCGCCACUCCACAGACAAACUCCAUGUCGGUGUCCACUAGUUCUGUCCAAAAGGAAGAGCUCACCGGGCCUACCUUCUUGUCAAAAUUGGCCAUUCUAAACAAAGAGGUUUCUUCAUGGAUAUCGAAACAUGUCACCGAAGAUCCUCAUUGUAUUUUAACGCCUGUAUUCAGUGAUUAUGAGAAACAUCUUGCCUCAAUUAGAUGCGAAAAAACUGACGAAGAGACUGAAAUAUCAGAUGUUCCAUCUACGGCUACGAUUGCAAAAACGUCCGUGCAAAAUAAUCCUUUUCCUCACACAACAUCUAACUCUUCAACGUCUUUAGCGUCAAAUGGAUUUAGCUUCAACUUCAAACAAGCAACGACAUCCUCGGAUUCAUCUGCGUCGGCUAAACCUCCAAUUUUUUCAUUUGGUGUGCCACCUGCAUCAACUUUUUCAAAUACCUCGUCUUUUCCCUCGGCUAAUCCCCCGUUAUUUUCCUUCAAAUCCGACUUAACUAAAUCGUCUAGUGGAAAUUUAACUUCUGCGCCGUUUGCAUUCGGAUCUGCAUCUACUUCUACUACAGAACAGAUAGCAAAUGAGGAGGAAGAAUACGUCCCUCCAAAACCAGAAGUCAAGGAGAUUAAGGAAGAGGGUUCGGUAUAUACAGUUAGAUGCAAACUCUUCUAUAAAAAGGCCGACCAGUGGACUGAGAGAGGAUUAGGAAAUCUUCAUAUUAUCCCCUCGGGAAAUGAAAAAUUUCAACUUCUUGUUCGCGCUGAUACCAAUUUAGGAAACAUUCUCUUGAACAUUAUGAUAAACAAGGACAUCCCAAUGCACUUACAGAAGAACAACGUUGUGUUUGCUUGUGUUCCAUCACCACCGUUGCCAGUUGGUGCCGUGAAAGGGGAUGACGGUGAUAAUUCUCUGGUCCCCAUGCUAAUUCGAGUGAAAACGCCAGAGGCUGCUGCUGCUCUGUUAACGGAAAUCGAUAAACACCGAGGCAUGAGCUCUUCCACUGUUGAGUCAUCUUAA